AUGUCCAAGAGGGAAGCGCUAGCCUAUUUUGGUAUGCUCUACCACAGACGGGCUUCUUCCCCUGCAUACAGCAUCGACAACUACAAUCUCGCACCGCAAAGAACUCGCGCAUUGACUUCUGCAAAAGUCGCAAAAGUCACAAAAUCUACCCCUCGCAGUAGUAGCAGCAAGCCAUCAAUAGUAGAGCCACCAAGCCCAGUACCAACAGCACUACCGCCCUCACGUAUUCAUGCUGCUUCGUACCACUACCCUUUACUUUUGGCCGACCAGGCGCGAUGCGAGGCGUUGCUGAGCUGGUUUGACAGUGAGGAGGAGACGCGGAGCAUGCCGUGGCGGAAGGCAUGGGUUGAUCCGAGGGAGUAUGGGGGGAGAGAGGGAGAGUUGGGCAUGGUGUUGGGGAGGAGGGCGUAUGAGGUUUGGGUUAGUGAAGUUAUGCUACAACAAACACGAGUAUCGACGGUGAUACCGUACUUUCAAAACUGGCUAUCCAAGUGGCCGACUGUUCAGGAUCUCGCCAAUGCAAAUCACGAGGAUGUCCUUUCUGUCUGGAAAGGUCUUGGAUACUAUUCACGCGCCACGCGUCUCCACCAAGGAGCCAAAGCCAUUGUUACCAAGUCAGCCGGCUCCUCAUGUCCUAUACCGAGUAAUGCUACAGGUUUACAAGAGAUUCCAGGUAUUGGGCGCUACACCGCCGGCGCAAUAUCUAGCAUCGCCUUUGGCCAAGCCGAGCCUGUGCUAGACGGCAAUGUUGCUAGGGUAUUGAGCCGACAGCUGGGCCUGUACAUGGAUGCCAAAGACAAAAAAUCAACCGAUUUGCUAUGGGACACUGCUGGCCAGUUGAUCAGAUCUGUGUCCGGACCACAGCCCAGCCGAAUCCCAGGACAGUGGAAUCAGGCGAUGAUGGAGUUGGGGUCUACGAUUUGUACACCACGUCCACGAUGUGACGAAUGCCCUAUUCAGUCGACUUGUAGGGCUUAUAACGAAGGGCUGGUAUUGAUCAAGAAGCAGCAAGCACCGGCUGUUGUACCCGACAUCGAAGAUGCAUGUACCCUCUGUGAUUUGUUGGAUACCGAAGACUUGGCUACUGCGACUGAAGAUGUCACCCAGGAUGACCGCGUUACUAAGAAGAGGAAGACGGUUGUAAAACAAACAAACACUAUCUCGCAAUACUUUGCCGUAGGUACGCCUAAAUCGGACGUUGGGACCGAGGAUGAGGAGGAAGAAGUAGGCAGGCCUGCGGACGACUCACGGAAACGAAAAUCACCAGCAUCAUCCUCGGUGCCGAAACAGGUCAUGUCGUACUGUGCGCUCUUCCCGAAGAAGUUCUUGAAGAAGAAGGCAGCAGAGGAAGAAUGUGUGGUGUGCAUGAUUGAGCUAUGCAUGGCAGAUGGAUCUAGCAAGUGGUUGAUUGAACAACGUCCGGACAAGGGACUACUCGCAUCUUUGUGGCAAUUCCCGCAAAGCACCCUUAGCGCAUCCCAGAAGUCGCCAUCGCUUCGCAAGACAUCGGCCCAGAAACACACGUCCAGCCUGGUGAUUGGCGACAUGGAUAUGAGCAAAGCGAAACACGUUGCCGCGUUUCCACCAUUAGUCCACGUAUUUACACACAUUAGACUCACAAUGCACGCCCAUCAUUACCGCAUCUCUGGUGCCGAUGGGGCUGCGAAUAUCGACCUUGUAUGCAGGGGCCCACCUGCACGCAAAUGGGUCGAUGCCGAUUCCAUGGACAAUGAAACGUUGUCGACUGGGAUGCGGAAAUGCUGGGAUUUGGUGCAGAAGAGCAUUUGA